AAAAAAAAAUCAAAAUGGCUACUUGUGCUGGAAUUUUACGUGAAAAAUUUCCUCAAAUUGAUGAAGAAAUGUUUAGUUAUAUAAAUGGUAAGGUUGUUUCGUUGUUAGUUAUUAAUGUGGUAAAGUUUGAAUAAGAUUUACGUAAGAAUUGGGUUAGAUUUGCUAUGAUUAAAAUAUAUCAGUGUGACAUAUAGUUGGUUGAUGUUUUGACACGACACGUGUAUAAAAACUACGAUUUAAAACAUAUUUUUAUGGGUGUUUUGGUGACUAACAAGUUAAAACAAAUAUGAUUUGUGGUUGGUUUGUGUGAUCAGUGACUUGUUCUUUAGAAAAUUUAUUCUGUUUAGUUUUAUUGUAUUUGAAAUUGAUUGUUUAAUCAACCAAUCACAAAGCUGGGCUGGCCAACUAAGCGAGAUCUCACUUUCUUUCAUAGUAGGAACUAGUUUGUUUUUAUAUGGAUGACUAGGCUGUCCUGCUUGGUGUGGUCCCACAAUGAAAAUUUGGGUUGAUUGAAAAUUUUACUUGUCUGUUCAACCCAUUGAGCCGCAAUGCACCCCACUUAUUUUUUUACUUGUCUAAUGCCAGACGAUUUUACUCAUCAAUGGGGAAGCUCUGCAGCUUAAUGGGUUAACCAAAAAAUCUGACAGUGUCUCUAGUUAACCCAUUGAGCCGCAAUGCGAGCCGGUGCACCCUACUUUUUUUUUACUUGUCUAACGCCAGACAAUUUACGCGUCAUUGGGGAAGCUCUGCAGCUUAAUGGGUUAACCAAAAAAUCUGGCAAUGUCUCUAGUUAACCCAUUAAGCCACAAUGGGGCCCAGUUCGCCCUACUUAUUUUUUUACUUGUCUAACGCCAGACGAUUUUACUCGUUGUGGGAGGAGCUCUGCAGCUGAAUGGAUUAAUGCCAGACAAUUUUACUUGGAAAUUUUAUUCUGUCCAUGUGUCUUGUUAAUUCUCUUUGGGUGCACACAUGGAAAGAUAGUCUGAUUAGUGAUUAAUCUAUCGCCAGUUGCACUCUCCUCUUAAUGAGUAAAAUGGUCUGCAAAUUGGCACUACCCUGGCCAGGGUUAACUUGCGUUGCAUGUGCCCUAAUAAUGCAACAUAUUUUUUCCCGAUCUGUCUAUAAUGCCAGACAGGGGAAAGUGCUGCCACUUUCAGGGUAAUUAUGCCCUAUCCUAUCAAUUUAAACACAAGAUGCUCUUGGGUUUUAGUGGUCAAUAAGUUAAUAUAAUAUCCUUUCGGUACUUAUAAUUUUUCAGGAAUUUUGGAGUCAAGCAGUGAGGAUUUUGAGAAUGCGUCAGACGUGUAUGACGCUGUUGGUGAUUUAUUUCUGGAAAUCUCAGAAAAUGGUUCUGAUGUUAUCCAAGAUCUUUGUGAACAGUUGUUAGGAAUCUUAAAAAUGUGAGUAAUGUAUAAUAAUUAAUAUAUAACGAACCAUUUAUAUGUAUCCAUGAUUAUAUACAUGCAUAUGCAGCGUAAACUUUUACCAUUUAUCUCCAUGAUUAAGCUUAAUUUAAUAAUGUUAUGGUAAUUAAAACAAGGGUGUAUGGAAGUGAGAUCGAGGUUGCAUAUAAACCCUUACAAAAAAAAGUCUAUAUAUAGGUGGCCUAUAGGUGCCUAUAGGAAAUGUUCCAAAAUUUGCCCUAUAGAAACCUUUAGGCAUCCCUAUACUGUAGGUCACCUAUAGAAAAUGUUCCAAUUGCCUAUCAGAUUAUAGACUUUUUUAUAUGGAAGUUUAUUGAACUCUAAUACCUGGGCAGUCGAAUCAGUAAAUUAACCUGAAUGAAUAUCGCAAAAUCAUCUCUCUUUCAUCAACUCUCAUACAAAUUUGAACCAGCUGCGCAUGACAAUCAUAGCCAUUAAUUAGCCAUUACAUGUAUUAAUUAUAUAUAUUUACCCAAUUUGAACACUAAUAUUGGUGAGUGAAAUCAUCUGGCAUCUAAGACAGAUUAAAAUAAAUAGAUAAUAUAUUUUGGGUUAUAAAUGCAACUUAAUGGAUUAAUUAAUACAUUCACUUCAUUUCUAGAAAUUCACAGAAUGGUACAACUGAGCCUACAAAGCUUCACACUCCUGUUCAGUUGAAGGACAUGGUAGACAAUUAUGUUGGUAAGUAUUAGUAAAGUCUUUUAUGUUCAUGUCAUUUAAUAUUUAAAUCAUGUAAAAUAAUAAUUAUAGAUAUACCGGUAACUAUGUCAUGCAUUUAAGCCCAAAUAUUCUUAAUUAAUCUAACUCAAUGAUAAUCUCUUGAUCGCAGUAAUGUUACUGAUCAUCAUGACAGCCAGUGAGACUGUGGUCAUUGUAACUGUUGAUCAUCGUUACCAUAAUGAUUAUUGGCCAUCAAUCCUACCAUGAUCAUCAUUACCAUCAUUGAUCAUUACCAUUAUCAUCCGAUAAUCACCAUAAUCAUUGUUCAUCUGAAUAGCAUAAAUUAUAUGAUCAUCACUAUAUAUUUGAUCAUUACCAUAUUAUUACCAUCAUUGAUCAUGAUCAUUAACAUUAUCAUCAUGAUCACAAUUAUCAUCAUCAUUGAUAUAAUUGAUCAUGCAUUAACAUCAUCAUCACCACCAUCAUGCACUCAUCAUCUGAUCACACGGUGCACCUGCAGUCACCAACAUCAUGCAACUUCACUGCAUUUUUACAUGCACAGUUCACCAUGAUCAAUCGAUCGCUAGGAACAAGCACCUGAGUUUACUACAACCUUCACCACCUGACAAUCAUCAUGAAAACUUUUUUUUGUUUUUUAUCAAAACAGUUGAAAAUGCUGAAGAAAAUGCAAGUAUUUGGCUUGUAAAGAAAGAUGAUUUAAGAGAGGUGAACUAAAUUUGAAAUGUUAAAUUAAUAUUUUUAAUUAAAAGAAAUGCAUUCAUGCGUGACUGGAUCCUUUAAUAGCGAAGGAAAAUUUUUAAUAUUUAAAUUUUUUUUAUUAUUUGUUUAAUGAAUGAAGACAGUUGAUUCGAAGAAGCUGGAAAAAGCGGAGGCCAAAAUUAAAGCAAAACAAGAUAAAAGGAUUUUGAAAGAAAACACAACUGGACCACAAACUAAAAGGUUUGAGAGCUUGUAACUUUUUGUUCCACUAUAGGUCUCAAUAUAUAUUAACCCAUUGAGUUGCAGUACUCUCCCGUUGACAUGUAAAAUUGUCUGGCAUUGACAGGCUCAGUAUAAUACACUAAUAAAGUAAGAAUGCAUAAGGGUACAAUGCAACUCAAUGGGUUAACUAGACACAAUGGAUAGAUUGUCUGAUUAACUCAUUCAUUGAGCACUGAUGCUAUAGCUCCUUUGAUGAGUAAAAUCAUCAGGCAUUAGAAAAUAACAAAGUAAAAUAACAAAGUAGGGUGCAUUAGGACACAAUUAAUGUAACUCCAUGGGUUAAUUACUACGUAAUAUAUAAUACAUAGAUUUGUAUUAAUUUUACCAGCAAAAUUGAGAGCCUGAAAUCAACAUUGCAUAACAUUUAGUUUCACAGACAAUGCGUCAGUGAGUCACACAAAGAACAGGAGAGAUGCUCACUUGGAGAAAGUUGGUUACUCACAGGAUAUCCAUCUGGAGAAUAUUGACUUGGCAUUUGGAGACAGGUAUUGUUUCAUUUAAACAAGCUUUCGUUGGUAUAGGGAUGCAACUACCUCAAAAAUAUAAGGAGAAUGUCGACGUUUUGAGCGACGAACGCCCUUCGUCUGGAGUUACUAAUGGGGGAUCGAGAAAAUUACAUGAGCUUUUAUACGCAAUAUAUAACCAAGGGAGAAAAUCCAUUCCAAAAAAGUGGGGAGGGGAGAGAGAUUUUUAGGUUGCCAAUUAUAGAUUGUGGUGCCCAAACGAAGUUAGCCAUUGCUUAGAGGCAUAUUGCCAACCUCGUUCCCAGGGUCUGCCAUUCAAAGAAAUAAAGACCCUGGGACCGAGGUUGGCAUAUUGCUUAUCUAUUUUCACUGCGCGACUAGUUUAUUAGUCUGUUAGUUACUUUAAUUUGUUAGUCUGUUUGUUUGGAAUCAUAAUCCAUGGUAUUUAUUCAAGAAUAGUACAGCAUGUCUUCGCUCGUGUCGUGCACUUGUUCUGCACUAUGAACAGAUGCAUGUAUGUCAGUUUAUAUUAGAUAAUCACCAAUAAUCAAAACUGUAUACUGUAGAAAAAUAUAGUAUCACCCAUCUCUGCUAAAAAGCCUUCCUUAACUCUUAAGGUCCAGACACACCGGACGCGAUUCGACAACGCGACGCGAUUUUUUAGUUUUUGAAAGUUAAUAAAACAGCCAAUGAGAGCAAAUUUUUAAAAGAUAUGUACAUAACUCAACAUGUUAUAGCGCUUCUAAAUAUUUGGAAAAUUUAAACUAGGAUCAGAGUUAAUAUUCGGUCAGUGAAAAUCGAAAAAUUGCGUCGCGUUGUUGAAUCGCGUCCGGUGUGUCAGGGGGGAAGCUGCGUCGUCGCUGCGUCAAUUCUGGACAAACCCACUGACCAAAACGAAUGAAUUUUUGCGCCUAAGCUCACAUUUUUAUUCAAAGGGUGUUAUUAACUGGUGCCGAUUUGAUGUUAAAUUAUGGGCAUCGUUAUGGUUUGAUUGGCAGAAAUGGAGUAGGGAAGACCACGUUACUGCGUUCAUUAUCACAGUGAGUUUUGAUUUCGAAAUUUUCAAAAUGUUUUUGUUUAAAAUUGUUCCUGAACCUUGCGCUCUACUCGAUUAUUGCUAAACAUAUAGCCUAUUAUCGUAAGCAGCUUUAUUUAGUGAUUUUGAAAUACGUCAUUUUGUUUGUGUUUAGGAGAGAGUUACAUGUUUCUUCUCAUCUGUCAAUACUGCACGUUGAACAAGAGGUACCGUAUGUUGUGCUUUAAGUCGACCAGAUGUAUACUGUAGAAAGCGCCUGUAAAGUUUUCUGUACUAAUUGGGGGAGGGGCACUUAACAUAAUUUUAGUUUACGUCUGAAAAGGCCACUUUUCCCAUUGAUUUUUUCAGGAGAACGUGAGUCGGGGGUUAGCAAUGUUUUUUUGUUUAAUUUUGUUAAGAAAGUGGGCUAUUUUAAUUUCUUCAGGUCGUGGGGAACGAGACGCCAGCUCUAGAAAGUGUGUUGGAAUGUGAUGUAAAAAGAACUAAUUUAAUAAAAGAAGAGAAAACUCUUACUGCGCAACUUCAGUCUAACAGGUGAGCAUAAAUUAUGAUACAUCAACGAUUCGACGUUUUAUAAGCGUUACACGUACAGGCUGCAGACGGUGGUCAAAUUCUGACACUUAAAAGAGCAAACGAAUGGAAGCACGUCUCUCAAUAGACCUUAUGCAUAAUGACGUCACAAAGCUUGAAGCCCGCAAGGAAUGAUAGUCUUAGUAGUCAUCGCCCGGGAAAAUUAAAGAAUUAAAAAUGCCCGCUAUCGAAAUUUUCCUGGGCGAUGACUACUAAGACCAGCAUUCUUCGCGGGUAUCAAGCCUUGUGACGUCAUUAUGCAUAAGUUCUAUUCCAUUUUACCCCCACCAAACAUAAGAUUACAAUAUAUGAUUUUUUCUCAGAGCAAGUCGUAGUGCAUGUGCGCGUAGUCAGACCAAGCGUCUUUCACCUGUGACUUUGUGGAUCCUGUUCUCGCUUGCGAACUCAUGUGAAAAAGAGUCUGUCAGAAACCAACCUUUUCUUUUUUUGGCCCUAAUACAUGUCCAGAAAUGUUUAUUCUGCAUGUGCGCAAAAAGAUAUAAUUUGUUGUAUUUUUCUUCCCCUAUAUAGUCAAUCACAGAGUAAUGCAAGUUGUGAGAGUCGUUUGGCAGAGGUACUGUGUAUAUACUGCAUUCAAUACAUUUCAUAGCGUUAAGCUUGGCUACAUGACAUUAUGUCUGUAGCAAUUUUGCCAGCGAUUUUUGUCCGGCAACAGACAGCAAGAUCCCGCCUAUAGGCGGAACGGAGAGUUUAUAUAUUAUGAACCGGAUCUUGGAAACUGCCCGUCCCUCUCGGCAGGGAUUAAUAAAACAG